CGGUGCCUUUCUGUUUCCCUACGCCAUUUAUUUCGUUCGGGACCACGGAACGCUGAACUAAUUCGCUCGUCCGUACAGGCCGUAUUUUUUUCUCAGUUCGGUUCUCUGUAAUAUCAAUUAUUAAUAACGUGUACGGACAGCGUCGCUGGCACACCGAACUAGGUAAGUACUAUUCAGUAUUUAUACGUUUUGAUUUCUCGAGAUUCGGGGUACCUACACGUCCGCCAUCGGCGCACGUGGCGUUUUUUUCCGUUACAAUUGUGUGUUAGGCGAUCGGCUUCUGCGAUUAUAUUUCCGUAUCUUUUGAUACGUACGUCGCCCGACUUUUUGCCGGUGCAAUUUUUGAGUCUAAUUGUCUGUGGCCCGUCAACGAACGAAGCCCGGCCCGAGGUUGCCUAUGAUGCACCUAUACGAUAUUAUAUUCGUACGCGUCAUCAUUCGAUACCUAUCCGUUGCGGAUACUAGUAUAAAUCUAAUCGAAUCUAUGUAAAAAAGUGUAUAUUCCGGGUAGAGAACGUGUUCUUUCGUUUAUUAUUUGUAUGAUCGGCCGCAGUCAUUAUAUUUUCGUCUCCAGAUAUUUUGCCGGCGUAAGUUUUUGCACCUAUUUUGCGUGUGGUUUGUCGAUGUACGGGUCCGGCCCCUGCCGGGUCAGUAUAAUACACGAAAAGCGAAGUACCUAACGUACCUAUCUAAUAAUGUUUGUUUUUAAAAAAAAAUGCAAUUUCUGUGGUAGGUACGACCACAGUUUCAUAAUGUUGUAACCUGAUAUUUGUAUAAAACAUAAAAAGUUGAGAAAAAAAUAAUACAGUGCACAGUUCUGAUGAUAAUUUAUUGAUAAUAAUUCAAAUUUAAAUAUUUUAUAUAAUAUACUAAUAUACUUACUGAAAUGGGUACUUUCCUGUUAUACGAGACUACUGCUGGGUUCCAUAGAAGUCAUUCCUUAAAUAUUAAACGUAUGAUUAACUAAUAGUUCCUUAAAAUUUGAAUGGGUUGUUAAAUUGCUAAUAAGUCAUGUCAAUUUUACAAUUAUUCAAGGAGAAUAAACAUAAAUUAAUAUACUAUUAUAUUUUAACGACAGCAGCUGCCCUAUUAUCAUGACGUUCUUAUCAGAAGGUAGUUAUCAUAUACACUUAUCGAUAAUAACCAUUAACUAGUAAUAUUUGAAUUUUGAAUACACCUACAUUUUAAUUUUACUUACCGGAAUUUACAACAAAAGUUUACACCAUCAAAAUAUGCCAGUGGAUCAGACCUAUUUCAAAACAACCUUGUUUUAGGUAAGCGUCCUAAAACUUCCAAUAUGAAUUAAUCAUCACUAUUACUAGAUAAUGAAUCAUAAUAAACAGCCAUAGUGUAUUCAAUAAAUAUUCUAAUAAUUGAAUGAUUAAGUUGGUCCAUAAAUAAUUUUUUUUUUUAAAUCAUACCAUCUAUGAUGUAUAAGAAAAUUAUUGUAACUGAUUAAUGAUAACACAUAUUUAACGUGUUGUUAUAUAUAUUCUUAUUGAUAAUAAUAUUAUUUGUACUAAUAACCUCAAAAUGUAUAUUAUGACUAUUGUUCUUUUGUUAAAAUAUAAAACUACUUUUACAGACUCAAGCAUGGCACGGUUGUCGUGUGUCUUUGUGACUUUUUCUCUCAGUUAAUUUAUGUGUACUAUAGUUAUCCUACAAUAGGUUAUGGGCCCAGACAUGGCCAGAAAAAGUGAUAACAAGUAUAGAGUUACACAAUUUAACGGUACAAAUUUCCCAAACUGGAAAUUUCUUUGUAGAAGUAUUGCUUGAAGAAUUUGGUGUGAACUAAUGUGUUUCAGAAAACUGUUCAUUGUUUGCGAUAGAAAAAGACAAAGAAAAAUGGUGUAAAUACGACAAUAAAUGUAAGUCACUUAUAGUUCAAUGUAUUGCUGAUAAUCAUUUAGAAUAUGUGAUGGGAAAGAAUACAUAAAAAGAAAUUUGGAAUUCACUAUUAAAACCUUUUGAGUAAAAAGGGGUCGCCAGUCUAUUGUAUUUGAGAAGGCGAUUAUUGACUAUGAAAUAUAGUGGUGAAAUAAAUUUAGAAAGUCAUUUUGUGAAGUUUGAUGAGAUAAUAUGACAACUCAGGUUUGCAAGAGCUAAACUAGGGAACGAGGAUAUUGUUUGUCAUCUACUACUUACAAUGCCUGAAACGUACAACAAUGUAGUUACAGCAUUAGAAACUCUUUCACCAGAGACUCAUACAGUUAAAUUUGUAAAGGGUCAUUUACUAGAUGAAGUAAAAGUAAUAGUAUUAUAAAUGAAGAGUCUUCUUCUGAUAGUGCAGCGUUUAAUGUAAACAAUACUGGCAAAUUUCCUUUUAAAUGUUAUAAUUAUAAUCGAGUUGGGCAUAAAUCAGCUGAAUGUAAACUUAAAAGGAAAACGUUUUAUAAAAGAAAUAACAGAUCUAAAGAGUUGUAUAAACAAAAAACCGACAGCUAACAAUGUUUCGGAGAAUGAUGACGGAAGUGUGUGUUUCCCAGUAACCACGUUGCUAACACAACAAAAUGAAGAAUUAAACGAAAUAACAUGGUAUCUUGAUUCAAGCAUUUCUGAUCAUUCAGUAAACAGCGAGAGAUAUUUUUCAUCUCUGAAAGUACUAAAAAAUCCAAUGAUCAUAGGUGUCGCUAAAAUGAAGAAAAUCUAACCGCAACAAAAAUAGGUACAAUAAAUACAUAGAGUCAAGUAGAAGGUAAGACUAUUUUAUGUAAAUUUAUAAAUGUUUAUGUUCCACAUUUAAGGUAUAAUUUGUUGUCUGUUGGUAAAGUUGAAGAACUUGGUUUUUAAAUUUUUUUUAAAAAAGGACAAGCAAAUGUGUUGAAUUCAAAUUAAAAUGUAAUAGCAAUAGCUAAAAGAAUCCAUACACUAUACAAAUUAAUUUUUACUUGAGACAAUAGCAUUAAUGUCAACAGCUGUGUCAAGGCAAACAUUAAUGGAGUAUUAUGGCAUAAACGAAUGGGGCAUCCAAAUAGAUUAUUUGAAUAAACUGAAUAAUAUUGUUUUUGGAGUUCAAUUCAAUAGAAAGGAACUACCUACAAUUUGUGAAGUUUGUAUGGAGAGCAAACAGACUAGACAGCCCUUUUACCUUUUAACAACUCAUUCUAAGAAAAAAUAGAACAACCACUCCAUUAGAACUGAUACAUAGUGAUAUAUGUGGACCAAUUAGUCCAAUAUUCUAGAACGGUAUGAAAUACAUUUUAACAUUUAUUGAUGAUUAUACACGAUUUAAUUUAUUUGCUUGAGAAUAAAAGUGAAGUACUUAACUACUUAAAAAAAUAUGAAGCAGUUGUAAGUGUACAUUUUGGACAAAGAAUUCAAUCAUUAAGAUGUGAUAAUGGAGGCGAAUACACAUCUAACAAUUUCAAGAAUUUUUGUGCACAAAAAGGAAUUGUUGUGAACCAUACUGCUCCACAUACUCCUGAGCAGAAUGGUUGAGCUGAAAGAACUAAUUGUACAAUUAUAGAAAAGACCCGAUCGUCACUAUUUCAAUCAGGGUUAUCUAAAGAAAUGUGUAGUAAAGAAGCUCACACAACCACAUAUUUACUAAAUAUAUUACCAACAUCUAAAAAUUCAAGUAAGAUAAUAACAGAAUUUUGGAAUGAUUAUAAACCAAAUUUAUCAAACAUUUCUAUUUUUGGGUGUUUUGCGUUUGCUCACAUACUUAAGCAAUUUAGAAGUAAAUUAGAUUCUAAAUCAAGAAAAAGUGUUAUGGUUGGUUUUGCUAAAUUUGGUUAUAGAUUAUGGGAUCCUGAAACCAGAAGUAGGUUGUGAUGUAAUUUUUAAUGAAAACAGAAUGCAAGAUAAUCAAAAUAUCUGAAGUAAAUAUAAGAGAAGAUGAAUCUGAAAAAGAAGAAAAUGAUAGAGAAGAUGAGCAUAAAGAAGAGACCAAAGAUAUCACCAUGAAGAUAAGAAGACGGGAAGAUAACAAAAGUACACGACCUAAAAGAAAAGUAACAACUAAAAAAUUUUAAAGAUUAUUAUAUGGCAAUGUUAGCUUUAUCAGCAGAAAAUUAUAAACAAAAUUUAUCCUAAGAUGUUGAUGAAGUUCAAGUUCUCCCAGAUAAAAAUUGUUGGAAGAAAGUAAUGCAAGAAGAAAUGGACGCUUUAAUAGAGAACAAUACAUGGUCACUGGUUCCAAAACCCCAAAAUAAAUGGACAUUCAAAUUAAAGUUGGAUGAAGAAUCCAUUAAGAUACAAAGCUAGAUUAGUAACUAAAGGAUGUACACAAAUAAAAGGUUUUAAUUAUACUGAUACCUUCUCACCUGUAGUUAAUUUCAUUACAAUACGAACCCUACUUGCAAUAGUAAAUCAAAGAAAUCUACACCUCAUUCAGAUGGAUAUGACUACAGCUUUUCUCAAUGGUAUUUUAGAGGAAGAACUUUACAUGAAACAACCUGAUGGUUUUGACCAAGAAAAUGGUUUUGUUUGCAAACUAUGUAUAGGUAUACAAUCACUCUAUGGUCUUAAACAAUCUUGAAAUUGUUGGAAUAAAUGUUUUAAUAAUUUCGUUGGUCAACAAAGUUUAACAAGAAGCAAAUCCGAUCAAUGUUUGUAUGGUUUGUAUGUAAAAUUGAAUGAUAACAAUAAUUUGUAUUUAUUGUUGUAUGUAGAAGAUAGGUUGGUAGCUGAUAAUUCAAUAAAAGAAGUAAACAAUUUAAGAAAACUAUUUAGUGAAGAAUUGAAGUUAACAGAUCAAGGGAAUGAAGAUCUUUUUUAGGAAUUAAAAUUGAACGACAUAAUAAUAUUUUAAAAAUAAGUUAAAUAAAAUAUCUUGAAAACCUACUACUUAAAUUUGGUAUGAAUAAAUGUAAACGAAUAUUAACACCAAUGGAAAAGAAAUUAAAAUUUGAAGAAAAAGGAUCAACAAGUAAACCAUAUCGUGAACUUGUGGGAUGUUUGAUGUAUGUGAUGAUUCAAACCAGAUCAGACUUCAGUACAGCAGUUAAUUAUUUUAGCCGACAUCAAUUUAAAGCCACUGAAGAUCAUUUUAAUCACUUGAAAAGAGUAUUAAGAUAUUUAAAGGGCACUAUUUCUUUUGGAAUGACCUACAUUAAGAACAAUAAUAUACAUCCACUUCAAAGUUUUGUUGAUGCUGAUUUUGCCGAUAUUGAUGACCAAAAAUCUACUUCUGGAUAUCUUUAUCAAGUUUUUGGUCUACUAGAAAACAAUCAACUGUAUGCAUGCACGGUUGUCGUGUGUCUGUUACUUUUUCUCUCAGUUAAUUUAUGCGUACUAUAGUUAUCCUACAAUAUAACGAGUCUUGACAUUUAGCGAGCUAUAAUCAAGUGAUUAACUAAUGGACCCUUAAGACCAAACCUUAAUGUCCGGUUAAAAGUUAGAUAAUGUUUUUGUAACAAAAUAUUUUUAACGAGUUAUUAAAACCGCUAAUUGUCAGUUAAAUCCUUAACGAUCGUUAAUGCAACUCGGCUUAAGUCUAUUAUUGCGAUUAUAUUCCAAGACUACCUCCGUUAUCGUGGCCACUGCAGUUGUUUUGAGAAACAUCACAAUCCUGUUAUCUAAGACUAUCAAAAUUUGCCCACUUCCUUAAUAUCACAAAAUACCUUAUUUUUAUUUACAUUUUUUUUUCCACAAGUAUUUUUAUUUAUGCAUAAAAAAAUUUAAUUAAGAUAAGAUAAACACACAGUAAUCAUUAUUAUCAUCAUCAUUUAUUAUUAUUAACAAAAAAAAAAAAAACAGUUACAAUAACAAAUGGAAAUUAUAAAAAAUUAAGUUUUUUAACAUUAUUCAUUAUUAAUAAAAUAUUGAAGGAAAUUGGAUCUUUAUUGUUUUUAGAAUAUCGGUGAAUUUACAUUCUUUUACGUUUUGUCUCAUAUGAAUUCAGCUAAAUAUGAUUUUAGAUAAUGAUGCCCUGUGCUGUGAUGUUUUUUGUUCUGCCAUUUUGCUGAUUAGCAGAGAUUUUCUACAUUUGGGUGUGUUCUUCACUUUGAGGAUCUACAAAGUUUUUGCUGUGGUUUACUGUCAAAUGUUUAAAUCCAGCUUUUUCAAGUUCGCUAGAGUUGUUGGCGCAAUCUGAAUGAGUUGUGCUCUUUUUUAUAUUUUAUAUAAAUAUCAGGAAUCUGGACCAAAUAACAUUCUUUUAAUUUCACGAUAUAGUCCUCCAAAAAUCCAUUGUUGUGGUAGUAUUAUGCUUGUAUUAUUUUUGCGCUUAGAAAAUAAACUUUUGUUUAUCAACAAAUACUAAGAAUACUACUCAAUACUAAGAACACAAACUUCUUACAAAUAGUUAUUCCAGUCUAUAGUAUAGACUAUCAUAGACUGAAUCUUAUAGUAUUUUCGUUUAUUUUCAAAUUUUUUUGGCACCAUUUUAUAGAAGUUGACUCUUCAGUCCAAGCAUAAAUAAAUUGUAAAACAGUAACAAAUGGAAGUUUACUGUGUUCAAACCAAGUGUUGUUUCGGAAAUUUACCUUUUAUUGACAAUUUUUAGUAUUAGACUCCCCAAAUAUGAGUUUUCUAAAAUAUAGUUUUGUGUUAUGAUCAUCCUUGCAUUUUCUUUGGGUGUGUAAAAUGUCAUGUUCCGAAGCAGGCUUACUGCUUCCUUUUCACUCUUGAGACCACAUAUCCAUAUUAAAAUUAAUAUAAAGGAAAAAUUAAUAAUAUAGGUAAUAAUAGAUAUUGUGAAUUGCGUCGCUAGAACGUAGUGCGUGAUAUUGUGGUAGUCGCGAUAAUACACAUAGUCACUUAUAACAGGAAAGUCUUUGGAAGUCGUAGAUAACAGGAUUGUGAUAAUGUCACAAAACAAUGUUGUCUCGUAUAACAGGAAAGUACCUUGAAAUAUAACAAUAAUAAAUCAAUAUAUGUAUAACAUAUCGGUGUACCUAUAUUAAAUAGUAUAAUUCUUAGUACAUACAUAAAAUAUAAUAUAAUACAUACAUAUAGCUAUUCAAAGAUGUCACGGUUAGUCGCCCCUUAGCUCUCGAAGAGUUAAGACGUGCUUUUACGAGAACCUCUGUGCAGUGACCGCAUCGUAGUCAAGAUGGAAACAUUUUUAGAACAACGUUAUGCGGUGAACUUUUGUGUCAAGCUCAUCAAAAUGCCAAAGGAAACAUUUGACAUGCUUAAAAUAGACUUAGGAGACGCUUCCAUGCUGCUUUCGAAUAAGAAUUCGCAGGCAAAGAAGUGGCACAAGUCGUUCAAGGAAGGCCGGGAAGACAUCACCGACGAGGCUCGUUCUGGACGCCCAUCAACAUUACGAACGGAUGAACACCUCACUCGUGUGCGCGAAUUGUUGAACACAGACCGACGAAUGAGUGUUCGUAUGAUGUUGGAAUUAUUGAAUUAUAACGAAGUGCUUCAAAGGCUGAAUCACAGAGUCACCCGCAUCCGAAAAGAGGUCCGAGCGUCAUAUAGACUGCAUCAUGACAAUGCGCCGUCUCACACAGCCUUUGUUGUCACCUCCUAAUUGACUCGGAUUGGUGUCGAACGAUUCCCCAGCCACCCCACAGUCCAGACUUAGCCUUAGCGGACAUCUUUUUAUUUCCUCGACUAAAAAGGGAGCUCAAAGGACAUCAUCUGGGCACCCUAGAGAACGUCCAAGCUACUACGACGACCUUACUGAACAUUAUUUCGGAAGAGGGGUUCUAGGGAGCUUAUACAGCAUGGAAAUCACGUUGGCAAAAAUGUAUUGAAGCGAAAGGGUCUUAUUUUGAAGAAUAUUAAGUUGUAGUACUUGUAUGUUCAAAAAAUUUAGUAAAAAAAUCAGGCUCAUUACUUUCCGGACAAACCCUGUAGUGUUUCUUUCUAAUACUAUACUCAAUUAAAAGCCAAUCGUCUACAUGAUUUUCAAUUGUACAGUUUUCUUCUUCCAUAGUUUCUUCUAUUAAAUCAACUCCAUUACUCGAAACUGUCAACAUGUCUUAUCAUACCGAUUGAUAGUCAACAACAUUUUUAUUUUGUUAGGUACAAUAGUCUAUAAAGUUUUUCUUCUGUCUCCUUAAAUACAUUGUUAAUAUCUCAGAAAUAUUAAUAUUAAUAUUGUCAGAACUUUCAUCCAUUAAGCUGAAAUGUGAAUUAAAAUUAUACAGAAGAUGAUAAUAUUUUUAUUUUGUUGAGAAUAAUCUUAUUUUAACUCUUUUAGAUUACAAUAGUACAAUUUUAGUUUGUUGUAAUGUGAUACAAAUUCGGGCUUAUCACUACGAAUUCCUGUUGUGAAAUUAUGUUGAACUCCCUUCAUCUUUCAAUGUAUUCUACAAAACACUCUAAUAUUAUUUUGGAUACAGUUGAUUUUCCAAUAUUCGGAAGUCAUACACGAUAUUGAUAAUGCUUUCAUCUGUCGCUAGAUAUUUAUUUUUUAAAUUCAAAUAAGUAAGGUAAUAGGUAAUAUUUUUAAAAGUUGUAUUUGUGUCGCACUAACCUAAUUGUGACUGCCAAAAUUUUUCCUUCUAGUUAUUCCUUGGGUUUUUCUUAUUAGUUUUUUUAAAAUAUCUGGGUUUAGAGAUAUUUAUAGUUUUUACAAUUGUUUUUAAUAUUUUUCAAACAAUGAAGUAAACAUGAGUACUCGAAUUUACAAUUACAAAACAAACUAUAAUCGAGUCGAGUACUCGACAAUUUUUUCAAAGUCGAGCACUUGCCCAACCUUAAUUAAUAUUAUCAGCUGAUUGUCAUAGCGUUUUUCUUUUUAUAGCGCUGGCCUCAUUGGUUAUUGUUUUUAUUGAUAUACCCUUUUGGUUUGAUUGAUAAAAUUAAUAAUUAUUAUAUUUUUCAUAUUUAACUAUUAAAAUUCUCAUCAAAUUUUUAUUCAGUGGACUAUUGAGUUUUUUUCUAUAAUCUUUUACUGUACAUUUGAUUGAGUAAUUAAUGAAGUUAAUUAACCAUGUCCUAUUAUAUAAUUUUUUUUUUUUUUAUUAAACAAUGUUCUUUAUUUAAUAAUUUUCCUUAGAGCUUUGAAUUGCCUUUAUUUAUAUUGUUAGUGUAAUAAGUUAGGUUCCUACAUAUAUGUAAACCAAAUUAUAAUCUGGGUAGUGAAUAUAAUAUAAAUGUUUUAAGGUAAUGACAAAUAAAAUUUCUUCAUAAUAAUCCUAUGAUUAAAUUUAACAACGGGUUAUUUUUAUAAUAUCUGUGAUAAUAUUUUUUAACAGGUAUAUCUAGACUGUAGAACAACUUUUUUAUCAAAUCUAUCUAGGACUUUUAACUAAGUUAAUACAUAGGUAUAACGUAUUUAGAUAUAUCAUUUAUGUUUAACAUCUAAGUAUUUUAUUUACAGGCAUGUUGAUUAAAUUAAUAAACAAACUAAUUUAUCUAAAUAUUUAAUUUUUUUUUUUUAGAUAGCAGCUUUUCCAAACGUCACGAGUUUUAUAAGAUUAUUUGAUCUUCACAAAGGAGACAAAAGUUCAACAAAUAUGAGUAAUGAUUUGUCAAUUGUACCAAACUCAUCAAAUCCUCUACCUGAAUCUGCUACUGAGAGUACAUCUGAGCCAUCAAGUAUAUCUUUUGAAACACCUACCGGGGAUUUGAAAAUCUACAAAAAUCGUCUGGGAACUUUUAAUGCUGGAUGGAAACUAGAUUUCAUUACACCUGACCAAAUGGCCAAAGCUGGGUUAUAUUAUUUGGGUAAACAAGAUAGUGUGCGAUGUUUGUUUUGCUCUAAAGAAUUUGACAACUGGCAAUGUGGUGAUGAUCCUGUUAUUGAACAUAAAAAAAAAUCUCCACAAUGUCCAUUUGUUAGAGAAAGUGAAGGUACAUUUUUAUAUUACAACAUUUUAUGUUAGUUAUACUUUUUAGUAUAUUAUAAAAACCUUUUUAUCAAGUUUUUAUAUUGUAUCAAUUUUUAUAGAUUUGUUCUCUAGGUAAUUUAAUUUUAGUAUACACUUUAGAUUAUUUUAGAUUUAUUAUUGCUUGGGUUGAAUAAUACAAAAUUAAUGUUGGUUUGUACUAUAAGUGAUUUGAGUAGUCAAGAUUUUAUUUUUACAGGUGAUGAUGCAUUUGAGGAUGAGCUUAAUGAUUCUCCUUCCUCUUUAUUUACCAAUGAAGGCACAUCAAUAUUACAAAAGAUCAUUGAAUCUUUAGGUAUUUUACAAGGAAUUGAUAUACCUCAUCAUGAAGACUUAAUUACUCUUGAAGCUCGCUUGAAAACAUUUGAUAAAUGUAAGGAACAAAUGAAACAACAAGAUAUUCAAACUCUAUGUGAAGCUGGAUUUUAUUAUCAUAUAGGAGGUAAAUUUAUAAAAAUAUUUCGAAUAUUACUCUAUUACAAAGUUAGUGGGUUUUAAAUUUAAUUUGAAGGCUCCUUCUGUGCCCCCUCCCCCCAUCCCGAUAUUACUUUAUUAUAAUAUCAUGUAAUUGUAUUGUAUUAAUGUUAUUUUAUUAUACAUUAGGUGAUGAAGAACUUGAUCAGUUGAUAUGUUUCUGUUGUAAUCAAAGUCUUGAUGAUUUUAAAGAUAAUGAUGAACCAUGGACAGAACAUGCUAAAAACUCACCAACUUGUUCUUAUGUAUUGCUAAGUAAAGGCAAAUAUUUUGUUGAUAUGGUGUGUGGAUUGAUUCCUAACCCUGAGGCAAGAAUUUCUGUUUAUUCACAUUUCAUGGUGAAAUUUAGAAACUUAAAUUAUAAUUACUUUAUAGGAGUUAUCCAAUAACAGUGCUGAUCUUGAACAAGUUACAAAUCCAAUGAGUAGAGUUUAUGAUUUUCUCCAUUCGAAAAAAAGGUAUAUUUUUAAUUUUAUAAAUAGACAUAAUAGUAAGGUAAUAACAGAAUAAUAAUUUAAUAUUAAAUUUUUUAUGGGCUUUCCUUAAUAUUUGUUUAAAAAUGUAGUAAUUAAAAUCUUCUUAUCCUCAUUUGAUGUCAUAUCUAGAUAUAUAUAUUUUUUAGAGAAUUAAUUUAAGUUGUUAUUGGCUAUUUUAGAAUGUAAGGAAGUCUUAAAAUAUUGUAUUUUAAAGUUUUCUUUAAUUUGUUUUAUUUUAGCAAAUUAAAUUCUACAAAAACUUCAGACAAACAAAUUAUAAUGCCACCGCUAUCGUCUUCGAGUCAAAUAUCUGAUAAUAUAGUUUGCAAGAUUUGUUACAAGGAAGAAAUUAAAAUAGUUUUUUUGCCGUGUAGACAUGCAAUUACUUGUAUUUCAUGUGCUUUUGCUAUAGAUCAGUGUGCUUUAUGUAGAGAACCAUUCGUCUAUGUUAUAAGUAUAAAAAUUUAUACAGAUCCAGAACAAGAACAUGAUGACGAGUUACCGUGUAGUUCAUCACAGUGUCCUGAUGAAUUGUCAAAUCAAAUGAUGUGCAAAGUUUGUGGCAAAGAAAAAAUGGAUUCUGUUUUAAUCCCUUGUAGGCAUGUAUAUGCCUGUAAAAAAUGUUCGUCUAAAAUUAUGGAAUGCCCAAUUUGUGAGACUAUAAUAUUUAUGCGGAUGCCAUUAUACUUAUGAAGUUAUAGGGUUAAUUCAUGGCAUUUUGUUAAAUAAAA